AUGGCCUUCACCCCCAUUGAGUCUGGUGUGGGCGGCCUCUUGAUCGGCCUGUCGGCUGCUCUCGCGUACCUCGGGGACGGGAAGAUCACCGGGAUCAGCGGCAUCGUGGGGCCCUUCCUGCGGGGUGUGGGCAGGGGCGAGCCGAUGAAGGAUAGCCAGCUUUGGAAGGCACUCUUCCUCCUCGGCUUGGUGCUUGGCGGCCUUGUGAACUUGGCCUUCAAUCGUGACUUCGCUUACCCGCCGGCCUUGGACAUCUCGGUGUUGAGGUACUGCUUGGGCGGCGUCUUCGUCGGCAUGGGCACCCGCGCCGGCCGAGGCUGCACCUCCGGGCACGGGAUCUGCGGCCUGCCCCGCCUGGCCCUCCGCAGCUGGAUUGCCGUGCCCACCUUCAUGGGCCUCGCGGCGGCGACCGUGGCCGUGACCCGGCACGCAAGCAAGGUGGAUCCCAGCGGUCCCUGGCAAGUGGCCGAGCUCCAGUGGCCUCCCAAGUGGGAGUUCCCUUUGGCGGCGGCUUUGUCUAGCUUGGCGCUGACCCUGCUAGCGGUGUUCCUCCCCUCCAAGCCUCGGAGCUUCGUGUCGCCGGCCGUCUGUGGUAUUAUCUUCGGCCUUGGCUUGGGUGUGGCUGGAAUGACCAACCAAGCAAAGGUCUUGGACUUCUUGGACUUCGGGGGGACCUGGGAUCCGAGCCUGGCGUUCGUCAUGGGGCUGGGGCUCUGCAUCUCCUUCCCGGCCUUUCUGAUUGCGGAGAGAGAGGGCCGGAAGCCCCUCUGUGGAGAGGACUGCUCCUUCGAAAAGCCCUCCAAGACCGGGAACUACGGCUCUUUGGUCUUGGGGGCCGUCUUCUUCGGCUUGGGCUGGGGCCUGGUGGGCAUCUGUCCCGGCCCGGCCCUGGCCGCCCUGAUUCCCAACUUGGUGCAUGGCUGGGGCCCGGGCCUCUCCUUCGGGCUCUGCGUGCUGCUGAUCCUGGUGUCCUGGCUGGUCACCGACCGCGCCAUCGUCUACAUCAACUCCCGGCUUGCGCCUCCCGCCGAGGCGGCCCAGCUUCCGGAUGAAAAGGCCUAG